CUCAUAGAAGGGAACCAAUCAGAGUCCAAACACUAUUCUUUUUUACUGGAGUUUUUUAAUGCACUGAGGAAGGACAUUUGCGAUGCUGGGGAUAACUGCGACUCAUUUACAUUAGACAGUUUAUGUGUAAACAUGCGAGUAUUAAUAGGCGGAGGUUCUGGCUUUGUUGGACGUGAGCUCACUCGCUUGCUUGGGAAGCAUGGCCAUGAGGUCACACUCAUAUCCCGUAAACCUGGCCCGGGAAGGAUAACCUGGGCCCAGUUGCAGUCUGAUGGCCUCCCACCAUGUGAUGGCGCUGUCAACCUGUCGGGAGAGAGCAUCCUGAACCCCAUGAGAUGGUGGAACGAAAGCUACAGAAAGGAUGUGUUCUCCAGCCGGAUCGACACCACCAGGACUCUGGCUCACGCCAUCGCCGCGUCGCCCAAUCCGCCUCGUUCCUGGGUUCUAAUAACGGGCGUCGCAUGUUACAAACCCAGCCUUACAGCCGAGUACAUAGAAGACAGCGAAUGGACGCCAUUCGACCUUCUGUCCAGACUGGUGAAGGAGUGGGAAGCAGCCGCACUCCUUCCUGAGAACGUGGCACAGACCACCAAACAGGUGGUCAUCAGACCUGGGGUAGUGCUGGGUCGCGACGGAGGUGCCAUGAAGCAGAUGCUGUUGCCCUUCUGGCUAGGCCUCGGGGGCACGCUUGGGCCGGGCACGCAACCGUUUCCAUGGAUACACGUCAGGGACCUGGCGGGGGUCAUCGCCCACUCCCUGGGGCCCGGCUCGUCCCCGGACGGCCCCGACGUCCGCCCGGGGGCCCAGGUGCUGAAUGGGGUGGCCCCGGCACAGAACACCAACUACGAGUUCACCAAGGAGCUGGGCCGGGCGCUGGGACGCCCCACCGUGUUCCCCGUGCCCGCCUUCGUCCUGAACGCCAUGCUGGGCUCCGAGAGGGCCCUGGUGCUCACCCACGGCCAGAGGGUCACUCCCAAGAGGACCCUGGAGACGGGCUAUCAGUACCAGUACCCCGACCUGGGCUCGGCGCUGAAGGAGAUCGUCGGGGGUUGAUGUGAAGGACUCCCAGGCUCUCACACACUGCCGGUUCACCACGGACUACUACACGCAUACCUCACUGUCGCACUCGAGCGACCGACGCUUGGUCUCAGUCCGGAAAGCAGUUGUUCUCCCGACGAUGAAUGUUGUUUAAUCUUUAUUUUAUUUUAUGGAUUGAUCAUAAUUAAACUUUCAGCAUUUCACGAUCAAGACCGGAACACAACAAUUAAUUUAAUAAAUAAUGUGUCACAGACCCAUUAGGACCAGGUAGUUAACCAUCAUGUCGAUGGUAGGUCUAUGAUUAAUAUGGAUCCGACCCAUAAUUAACGCAAGCCUGUAAUGCAGUGAAGCUUGUGUGGAAAGAACCCAUUUCAUGGGGUACAAAAAACGAAAAUCUGUCGUUAAUCUGUUGGCUGAGUGGGGAUAUAAUAAUUUACUAGUACAUACUUAAUUAUACACACACAAGACUGUAAAUGACUUCAUAGUCUACAUUUCUUUAUGGGGAUAAAAUAAUAAAUGACUUGACUCAAUCUGUAGUUCAGAAAGUCCUUUAUCUAGCGAAUACAUUUAAGCAACAUUUUGGCAGUGGACAUAGGUGUUUUUAUGUAAUGGCAUAAAUAAAAGUUUAUUGCAUCCCA